AUGGUCUUUAUGGUCGUUGGGCCAAGCCCAGCAGCGGGGAGGCCUUCCCCGGGGGUCUCGUCCGAGGGUUACACCAAGGGCAACCUCGUGCGGCUGGGAGUGGCGGCCGGCGUCCUGCUGAUGGGGGUGGUCCUCGUGCUGGAAGCCUGGCAUGCUAGAGGGGUGCCACACGCUCGGCCAGGGCUGUGCCUGGGCCUUGCAGACCAGGGAGAGAAUGAGAAGCUUCCCAGGCCCUCGCUCCGUGCCUGGCCUAGCUCCGUGGUGGAACUGGGGAGCAGUGUGACUCUGCAGUGCCGGGCUGGUUUCCAGAACGCCACCUUCAUGCUGGGGAAGUCACACGACCCUGGGUUCAAGCAGGAGCAGAGCUCAGCAGAAACCCAGGCUGAGUUCCCCCUGGCCAGCCUGCAGCCUGAGGAUGCCGGGGGCUACUUCUGUGCCUACAAGACGGCGACCACCGGCCAAUGGUCAGAGCAGAGCCAGCGCUUACAGCUAGUGGUCACAGGAUCCUGGCCAGCACCUUCCCUCUCAGUCAGUGCAGACCCCGAGGCUGCUCCAGGUCACAGGACACUGCGAUGCCUAACUCCCAACAAUGGCUCUGAGUGCCUCAUCACCGCUCUGCUGAGAACAGGCACCCCAGACCCCGUGCAAGUCAAGGAGGGGAGAGAAAACCAAACCGACUUCACGCUCCGCGAGUCGGGCGAGGACGGGGGAAGCUACAGCUGUGUGUACUACCAGUGCCACUGGCCACACCUGGGCUCCUCCCGCAGCAGCCGCCUGGAGAUGCAGGCGACAGGUGAGGAUUCAGGGUGAUGACGGUGACUUUGG